AUGAGUGACCCAGAUGUUUUCAAGAUUUUAUUAAUAGGUGAUUCAGCAGUUGGAAAAACUUCAUUAUUAUUAAAGUUUGCAGAUGAUACAUUUCAAGAAACUUCAGUUAAUAUGACUAGUGUUGAUUAUAAAAAUAAAAAUAUUGUUAUUGAUGGCAGAACUUUUUCAUUACAAAUUUGGGACACAGCAGGACAAGAGCGUUUCAGAACUAUCACUUCUUCAUUUUAUAGAGGGGCUCACGGUGUUUUAGUUGUAUACGAUAUGACAGAUCAAGGUACUUAUAACAAUGUUAAAUUAUGGAUGCAAGAAAUUAAUAGAUAUGCCGUUCAAGGUGUUAGUAAAGUAUUAGUUGGUAAUAAAUUUGACCAAGAUGACAGAAAAGUAGUUUCAUCAACAGUAGCAAAAGAAUACGCUGAUAGUAUUGAAAUUCCUUUCUUAGAAACAUCUGCUAAAACUGGUUUUAAUGUUGAACAAGCCUUUUCAACCAUGGCAAACGAAAUUUAUAGAUCUUACAUGGGUGGAAGCAUUCCAUCAAGAAAUGAAACAAAAUUAGCCCCAGCAAAAACAAAAAAAACAUUAUGUUAAAUAGUAUAUUUCUAAAAAUACAAUAAUAAUUAAAAUAAUAAUUAAAAUAAUAAUAACAAUAAUAAUUAAAACAAUAAUAAUAAAUAAUAAAUAAUAAAUAAUAAUAACAAUAACUCACUCAUGAAUAAAAAUCACCACACAACCUCACCCUUAUAAAAAAAAAAAAAAAAAAAAAAAGAAAGAAAAGAAAAAGAAAAAAAAAAAAAAAAAAAAGAAAAAAGAUAAAGAAAGAAAUAUUUAAAUAGAAAGGUCCAUCUAUCAGUACUAAUAAUCAAAUAACACAUAAUAUUAAAAAGAUGAAAAGCGGGAUCUAUUUUUAUUAUUCCUUUAUUCUUUUUUUUUUUUAUUAAUAAAAUAUGUAAAAUUAUCAUUUUUUAAAAUUUAU